AAAAUCAACCGAUUCAAUCGGAGGCACUAGCGGGCAGGACGGAUUUACAAGCCGACAUGCCUCACGCACGGCGGUGAUUUGUCGACGAUGGCCCCCGCCGCCGCGAGAGACAACCGGGCACGGCCGAGCUCGCAUUCACUCCUCCCCGUUCUCUCGCUCCUCUGCUUCGUCUCCAUUUUCCUUGUCCUCUCUCUCUUCCGGCGAGCUUCCCCGUUCCCGCCCCAGCCUCCCAAGACCCUGCAGCUGGGCCGGAGUCCGGAGUCCCGCUCUGGCGUUCCGUGCGACUACUCCGUCGGGUCUUGGAUCUACGACCCGAGCUAUGGAUCCGGGAGGUACGACGGCUCGUGUAAGGAGAUCUUCAAGGGGUGGAAUUGCAUAGCUGGGAACAAAUCCAAUGCCCGAGAUGUGACCAACUGGCGCUGGAAACCUCAGUCCUGCGAUCUGUCACCCUUCAAUCCAAUUACGUUCAUGGAGUCCCAUAGGGACACCAACAUCGGGUUUGUUGGGGAUUCGUUAAACCGGAAUAUGUUCGUCUCUCUAUUUUGCACCCUCAAACGUGUGCCGGGUGAAGUGAAGAAAUGGCGGCCUGCUGGGGCUGAUCGAGGUUUUACAUUUCUUAAGUACAACCUUACCAUUGCCUAUCACCGGACAAAUCUUUUGGCACGUUACGGUAGGUGGUCUGCUAAUGCUAAUGGUGGUGAGCUCGAAUCCCUUGGAUACAAGGAAGGCUUUAGAGUUGAUGUAGAUGUUCCGGAAGGGACAUGGGCUGAGGCUCUUCACUUUCACAGUAUAUUGAUAUUCAAUACCGGACACUGGUGGUGGGCUCCAUCAAAAUUUGAUCCUGUAAAGUCGCCUAUGCUUUUCUUUGAAAAAGGACGACCUGUAAUUCCCCCGAUACCACCUCAUGCUGGGCUGGAUUUGGUUUUGAAGCACAUGAUACUUUACGUGGAGAAAGAAGCGAAACCCGGCACUAUUAAAUUCUUCAGGACACAGUCACCUCGGCAUUUUGAAGGAGGUGACUGGGACCAGGGAGGCUCUUGCCCUCGUUCAAAUCCCCUGUCGUCUGAGGAGGUUGAAAAAUUAUUCGCCAUUGAGAACAAUGGAACUAAUGUGGAGACCCGUCUUGUAAAUCAGCACCUCCACAAGGCUCUGAAAGGAUCACAUUUUCAUAUUCUUGAUGUGACCCAAUUGAGCGAGUUCAGAGCAGAUGCCCAUCCAGCCGCAGCUGGGGGAAAGAAGCAUGACGAUUGCAUGCAUUGGUGUUUACCUGGAGUCACCGAUACUUGGAAUGAUAUUCUCGUAGCUCUUUUGAAUGGCAUAGAAACUUCGAGAUCGAGAUUUUGAUUUUCUUUUUCUCAUUCGAAAAUUAGAGUUGAUAUUUGAGAGUUCUUUGAUGGCCGAGGUAGGUUGUACUCUAUAUUAUUUUUUGAGCAGUGGAUUGCUGUACUUUAGUAGAUUGUUGUCAUACUAACAUCGAUUGAGAAACAUCUAAUUUUACAGAAAUCGAUUAAUGAGAAAUUCUUUAAGCUUCA